AUGUCCGGACCAUCCACCCGCGCACUCUACCGGCUCACUCAUCUCGCUCGCCAAAUCCCUCCAUCUCUGCCUGUUGCUACAAUACCCAUCAGUUCGAAACGUGCGAUGUCGAGCUACCCGUCCACUGUGAAGGCCGUCGGGAUCAAGGAGGUUGGCGGCGUGGACAAGAUCGAAGAUCUGGAGCUGCCGUUCCCGAGUCCGAAGCCGAAUGAACUCCUCGUGAAGGUGCAAUGGGCCGGUGUGAACUUCAUUGAUACCUAUAUGCGGUCUGGCCUGUACAAGCCUGCGUUCUUGCCGCUGCCCAUCGCGAAGGAGGUUGCGGGCGUAAUCGUAGAGCUUCCGACUGACGAGAGCGUGCUUAACAAUGAAGCGUACAAGAAGCGCGGGUUCAAGAAGGGCGGCAAGGUCGCUGUCGAUGUCGCCGGUAGUUUGAAGGAGUACGUCUCGGUUCCAUGGGAUUCAUCUGUGUACCCUGUGCCGGAGAACCUCACUACGCGUGAAGCGGCUGCGUCGGUUCUUCAGGGCUUCACGACCCUCGGUCAGGUCACAGAGGCCUAUCCCGUUAAAGCCGGGGAUACCGUCUUCAUUCACACGAUUGCUGGUGGCGUAGGAUUGCUUCACGCGCAAAUCUCCAAGGCGAAGGGCGCUACGGUCAUCGGGACAACAUCGACGCCGGAGAAGGCUGCAUUGGCGAAGGAGAACGGCGCGGACCAUGUCAUCUUGUACAAGCAGGAAGAUGUAGUCAAGAAGACGCUCGAGCUCACGAACGGCGAAGGCGUGAAUGUCAUCUACGACGGUGUGGGGAAAGAUACGUUCGAAGGCAAUUUCGAGAUCAUCAAGCGUAAAGGGACCAUUGUGAGCUUUGGGAACGCAAGUGGCCCCGUGCCGGACGUGCCUUUAUUCAAGCUGACGCCGAAGAACGUCAAACUCAUGCGCCCGACGAUGGUCAACUGGGUGCAUACGCUUGAGGAAAAGGAGCGCUACGGCAACGAGCUGUUCAAGCUCAUCGGUGAUGGCAAGCUAAAGAUACGCGUGCACGGCGAGUACCCCUUCACGGCCGAAGGAGUCAAGGCGGCACAGUCAGACCUGGUCGGCGGAAAGACGACGGGCAAGGUGAUAAUCAAGGUUGAGCAGUAG